AUGGCGCCCAACAAGCAAGAGAACAUGCUCUGGGGAGGUCGCUUCACUGGCGGCCUCGACCCCCUCAUGGUCGAGUACAACGAGAGCAUCUACUUCGACAAGGCUCUCUACAAGGAGGACAUCCUCGGCAGCAUCGCUUUCGCCCGGGCCAACUGCAAAGGCGGGAUCCUAACGGAAGCCGAGUUCAACAAGAUCGAAGCGGGUCUGCGCGAGGUGAUGAAGGAGUGGGACGCCAACAAGUUCACCAUCAUCCCGGGGGUGGACGAGGACAUCCACACGGCCAACGAGCGCCGCCUGGGCGAGAUAAUCGGGAAGGACGUCGCGGGGAAACUGCACACGGGCCGCAGCCGCAACGAGCAGGUCGCCUGCGACAUGCGCAUGUGGUUGCGCGACGAGCUGCGCAAGAUCGAAGGGUACCUGGUUAGCUUCCUCAAGGUCAUUGCUGCGCGUGCUGAGAGCGAGGUCGACUAUGUCAUGCCGGGGUACACGCAUUUGCAGCGGGCGCAGCCGAUUCGCUGGAGUCACUGGAUGCUCUCGUAUGGUUUAGCGUUUGCCGGGGAUCUGGAGAGGCUGCGGGAGACGAUCAAGCGCGUCAAUAAGAGUCCGUUGGGUUGCGGUGCAUUGGCGGGCAACCCGUUUAACAUCGACCGCGACAUGAUGGCCAAGGAGCUGGGGUUCGAGGGGCUGCUGUGGAACUCGAUGGGCGGGGUGGCAGACCGGGACUUCGUCGCUGAGACGCUACAAUGGAGCACUAUGCUCAUGAUGCACAUUUCGCGGUGGUCGGAGGAUCUCAUUCUGUACUCGACGGCCGAGUUUGGCUUCGUCCGACUGGCAGAUGCCUACUCAACGGGCAGCUCCCUGAUGCCGCAGAAGAAGAACCCCGACAGCCUGGAGCUGCUCCGCGGCAAGAGCGGACGCGUCUUCGGCCGCUCGGCCGGCUUCAUGAUGACGCUCAAGGGCCUCGCUAGCACGUACAACAAGGACCUGCAGGAGAGCUGGGAGCCUAUGCUCGACACGGUCAAGUCGGUCAGCGACAGCAUCCGCAUCGCCGAAGGCGUGUUGGCCACUCUGGACACCAAGCCCGAGAAGAUGAAGGCGGCUCUGGACCCAUUCAUGCUCGCUACGGAUAUCGCCGACUAUCUUGUCCGAAAGGGGGUGCCUUUCCGAGAAACACAUCACAUUUCCGGCCAGGUCGUCGCCUUGUCCGAGAAUACGAAUACGCCGAUGGACCAGCUUACUUUUGAGCAGCUCAAGUCCGUGGAUGCCCGCUUCGAGCAGGACAUCAGCGACAGCUUCGACUACGAGAAGAGCGUGGAGAUGCGCUCGGCCAAGGGCGGCACCAGCAAGGAGAGCGUGCUGGAGCAGAUCAAAGUUCUGAAGCAGAUGCUGGACGCUUAA